UAUCAGUGAUAUUUUUGAAUUAGCAUAUUUGACAAAGUCAUCAUUUCCUUUCCUAAAUGGCAUUUGAACAAAAAUGAAGCCAAAGAAACCUUGUGGUGUGUGAAAGGUUCUACGAAGCCAGAAGUUGAAGGAUCAACUUGGUGUUUGAAAGGCCAAGGUUUGAAUUAAAAUAUCUGAAAUUGAUUUUAAGCCACUUCUGGAGUGUCUCAAAGUUACAAGCAUUGGAUCAUUGGCUUACAUCUACAUGAUGAGGGUUAGAUUUGAAAAGAUGAUGCAUAGCAUUGCAAUUCUAUAAAUGUGGUUCUGAAUUCUGAUUGGAUCAUCAAAUAUAUAGGAGUGGAAAAUGAGCUUCUUUUCAUGUUGCAAGCCUCCAGAGAAGAUCAACAAGAACUCAUUGAAGAAGAGCAUUAAGGGAUACCAUGAUAGAAGCAAGCAAAAAUACAUAGAAGAAGAGAUUGUGAAAAUUGGAAAAGGAAAUAUUACCGCUCAGAUUUUUACAUACUAUGAGCUAUGUGUUGCAACUCAGAGCUUUCACUCUAAGAAUAUGAUUGGUGAAGGAGGCUUUGGGAGAGUGUAUAAAGGACGCAUUAAAAGCUUAAACAAGGUUGUUGCUGUGAAGAAGCUUAAUAGGAAUGGAUACCAAGGAAGCAGGGAAUUUCUGGUAGAGGUUUUGAUUUUGAGUCUCUUGCAGAACCCCAACCUUGUCAAUUUGCUGGGGUAUUGUGCUGAUGGUGAUCAAAGGAUUUUGGUAUAUGACUACAUGGCGAAUGGUUCUUUAGAAGAUCAUCUUCUUGAACUACCUCAGGGAAGAAAGCCUUUGGAUUGGCAAACUAGAAUGAAGAUUGCAAAAGGUGCAGCAGAAGGACUUGAGUAUCUACAUGAAGAAGCUGAUCCUCCAGUGAUAUAUCGCGAUUUCAAGUCAUCAAACAUACUACUAGAUGAAAAUUUCAAUCCAAGGCUCUCUGAUUUUGGACUUGCAAAGUUUGGUCCAACAGGUGAUAAAACACAUGUAUCCACAAGGGUGAUGGGAACUUAUGGCUACUGUGCUCCUGAAUAUGCCUCAACAGGUCAAUUGACAUCAAAAUCUGAUGUAUACAGCUUUGGAGUAGUUCUUUUAGAGAUGAUCACCGGAAAAAGAGUGUUUGAUCAUUCAAGACCAUUUGAAGAGCAAAACUUAGUCGCUUGGGCACAACCACUAUUCAGAGACAGAAGGAAACAUGCAUCAAUAGCUGAUCCAUUGCUAGAAGGGACGUACCCAAAAAAGGGUCUAUCCCAAGCACUAGCAGUUGCUGCAAUGUGUCUUCGAGAGGAAGCUGAAGCUAGACCUGUGAUAAGUGAUGUAGUUACAGCUCUUGGCAAUUUAUCAAAGAAGCAUGUGUAAAGUUGGUAAGCAACAACGUAUACAAAUAUCAGGACAGAGAAUGCAGCUGAGAAAAAUGAAUCUAAGUGAAGAGGGUCAUACAAAAAGAUAGUAAAUGAAUUGCUAAUGAAGUUUGUGAUUCAUUCCAUAAAAUUUCAUCUUGCUGCAACUUGGUAUCAUGAUGAAAAUCAAAACCAUUACCACAUUUUUUUCAUAUUAAUUUAUUGAGUAGUAACAGUAGUCAUUGAUGAUAGAAACAAGAUUGCUACCAGAUUCAUGAGUGCCUACUCAUUGAGAUUGUCAUAAAUUUUGUUACAGUAGACUGAGGUGACAAAAAUAACUUGUUUAUAAACUGAAUUUUAUACACUUGUUUGGGUUUGAAAAAUAGUGAAUUAAUGACAAUUUGUUACA